AUGAUGGGGACUGGCUCCAAGAAAAACCCAGAGCCCGUGGUGGCUCCGGAGCCUGUCAGCACCACGAUGCCUGUGGGCUCCAUGGAGAACGUGACCAACACCACGAGCCUGAGUGACAGCAAGGAGGACAUAUUUGCCAAGCUGAAGGCCAAGUUCAUGAAUGAGCUGAACAAGAUUCCCUUGCCUCCCUGGGCCCUGAUUGCCAUUGCUGUGGUAGGCGGCCUGCUCCUCCUCACCUGCUGCUUCUGCAUCUGCAAAAAAUGCUGCUGCAAGAAGAAGAAGAACAAGAAGGAGAAGGGCAAAGGGAUGAAGAACGCCAUGAACAUGAAAGACAUGAAAUCGGGAAACCAGAACAAACAGGACGACGACGACGCGGAGAUGGGCCUGACGGAGGGAGAAGGCGAGGAGGAGGAGAAGGAGCCAGAGAACCUGGGCAAGCUGCAGUUCUCGCUGGACUAUGAUUUCCAGGCUAACCAGCUGACGGUGGGCAUUCUCCAAGCGGCCGAGCUCCCGGCGCUGGAUAUGGGCGGCACCUCGGACCCGUACGUCAAAGUCUUCCUGCUCCCGGACAAGAAGAAGAAAUACGAGACCAAAGUGCAGAAGAAGACCCUCAACCCAGCCUUCAAUGAGACCUUCGUCUUCAAGGUUCCCUACCAAGAGCUGGGCGGGAAAACCUUGGUGAUGGCCAUCUACGACUUUGAUCGCUUCUCCAAGCACGACAUCAUUGGGGAGGUCAAGGUGCCCAUGAACACAGUGGACCUGGGCCAGCCCAUUGAGGAGUGGAGAGACCUGCAGGGUGGCGAGAAGGAGGAGCCAGAGAAGCUGGGAGAUAUCUGCAUCUCGCUACGGUACGUGCCCACCGCCGGGAAACUCACCGUCUGCAUCCUGGAAGCCAAGAACCUGAAAAAGAUGGAUGUCGGGGGUCUCUCAGAUCCGUAUGUGAAGAUCCACCUGAUGCAGAAUGGCAAGAGGCUGAAGAAGAAGAAGACCACUGUGAAGAAGAAGACCCUGAACCCUUACUUCAAUGAGUCCUUCAGCUUCGAGAUCCCCUUUGAGCAGAUACAGAAAGUGCAGGUGGUGAUCACCGUCCUGGAUUACGACAAGCUGGGGAAGAAUGAAGCCAUCGGCAAAGUAUUUGUUGGCUCCAACGCCAGUGGCACGGAGCUGCGGCAUUGGUCCGACAUGCUGGCUAACCCCAGGCGGCCCAUCGCCCAGUGGCACUCCCUGAAGCCGGAAGAAGAGGUGGACGCAUCGCUCGGGAAGAACAAAUAG